AAAUCAUUGAAGAAGUACCUCCCCCUGAAGUGGAAGCACCUACGCAGGAAGAUGAAGAACCAGAAGCUGAAGUAGAAGAACCUGAAGCUGAAGUAGAAGCCCCGGCUGAGGAGGAGGUCACAGAUGAGAUGAAACCAAAGCCGAAGACAUUCAUGCAAAAUAUUACAGCUCCAAAGAUUCCAGAGGGAGAAAAAGUGGACUUUGAUGACAUUCACAGAAAGCGUCAAGAAAAGGAUUUUGCAGAACUGCAGUCCCUGAUCGAGGCUCACUUUAUCCAGAGGAAGAAGGAUGAGGAGGAGCUCAUUGCUCUGGUCAACAGGAUUGAUAAGCGCCGUACCGAGAGAGCGGAACAACACAGGAUCCGAGCAGAGAAGGAAAAGGAAAGGCAGGCCCGUCUGCAGGAGGAGAAGGAAAGAAGAGAGCAGGAAGAACAGAGGAAGAAGCAGGAUGAGGAUGCCAAGAAGAAGAAGGCUCUCACCAACAUGACACACCAGUAUGGUGGAAUACAGCAGAAGAUGGAGGGUCGUAAAGGGGCAAAGAAACAGACUGAGAGGGAGAAGAAGAGAAAGAUCCUGGCUGAAAGGAGGAAGCCACUCAACAUCGACCAUCUGUCUGAGGAUAAAUUGAAAGAGAAGGCCAACGAGUUGUGGCAGUGGAUGAUGGAGCUGGAGGCUGAGAAGUUCGACCUCAGCGAGAAACUUAAGAGACAGAAAUACGAUUGCCAAAGGUCGUGGCAAGGGCAAGGUUGGAGGCAGGCUGAGGUAAACCCUCGAGCACUUGAGGUGCGCCAAGAAUCAAGAAGAAGAUUCACUCUGUGCCACAGAAACAUAUCCAGCAAUCACACUGAAUUAUUGUAUUGUUUGACAGCACGUGUAGCUCAUAGAAAGACAGUAAAGAGAUCUUUUGUUGUACUGCUUUUCUCCCUGCUUGCUUUUUUCCCUCUGCUUUAUGCUCAUCCAAAGAAAUACAUCAUGAACUAAGAAUCCUGGAUUUGCACAGGACGGUCUUUUUUUUAUUACAGCAGCUGUUCUUAGAUAUAAAUCUACAGAAUCCCCCGAAGCAGGAAGAAGACUCAACUGUUUUUGUAAAUGUAAAUCUUCACGGUAUCACUGCAAAAAGUCACGUCUUUGCAAGUUAUAAAAUAUCCUGAAUCUAUUAUCUAUUAUUUCUUAUUAUAUGAGUGCAAUAAACUAAAAAUAAGAUUAUUGAAUCUAUUUCUAGG